UUCUCCUCCUCCCUUCGCCCUCGACUCCUCCUCCCGCCGCCGCCGCCGCCGAUACCGCGAGCACCGGCGCCGGAGUCCAUUCCCCCCUCCGCUUCCGCCGCACCCUCGCCGGUGUGCACCCCCACCGAUCUAUCCGGAAGCUUCUCCGGCUCCCGUUCUUGCAGAGAUUCUUCGGAGUCGGCACCGCGAGCACCGCAGCCAAUAUGCUGUUCUUCUCCUACUUCAAGGAACUCGUGGGGAAGGAGGUGACGGUGGAGCUCAAGAACGACCUGGCGAUCCGCGGCACGCUCCACUCUGUCGACCAAUACCUCAACAUCAAGCUUGAGAACACCCGGGUCGUCGACCAGGACAAGUACCCCCACAUGCUAUCGGUGCGAAACUGCUUCAUAAGGGGAUCCGUGGUGCGGUACGUGCUGCUUCCGCAGGACGGCGUCGACAUUGACAUCCUCCAUGAUGCCACCAGGAGGGAGGCGCGUGGAGGCUGAUCGGCUGUGUUCUCUCCCUAGAGGAGCCCUAAUCUGAUGUAUGGGGAACAUGUAUGGAGUAUGGAACCGUGUUGACACCCCAAUAUUGAGAGGAGUUAAAUCUGUAGCAAUUCCUCCUGAUACUUGCAGUGACAAACUGUCCAAGAUUGCAUCCAGCAAAUGCCAUACUUCCCUUUCUUGUGUAAUUCCAGUCAAAGCUUAUUAGAUCAA